UUUACAGUACAUCACAGUAUGUCCAGAUCUGGUUGCACUGGUCACGGACCCAACACUAAGCGCUAACGGGUUACUAAAAUCUCUCCUGCGUGGACUGCGUGAGCAGACACGACUCAGCUGCCUGCUUUAAAUCAGCAGCUGCGCUAAUCUGGCCCACUCAUGGUCCUGCCACAGUGGAAAAGUACAGCGCGGAAGUGGCAUGAUUUCCAACCCUUUCAGGGACAAACUGUGUGUGUGUGACAACAAACCAGUUCAAGUGUAGUUACAUCACAGAGGAUCCCGCGGAAACCACAACUACUGUUCCCAGUGGCUCAAGCUGAGAGGAAUACUGAUCGGAUUCCUGUGUUCCUGGAAGGAGCUUUGUGUGGGGAGGGGGCUCAAAAAGAUGGAGGGGGAGUUUGUGAAAGGAAACAGCGUGGACGGGUCCAAUCAGGGGAGCGUCUCCGGAAAGAAGACCCCGCUGCUGGACCGCGGCCAGUGGGCGAGCAAGCUGGAGUUCCUGCUGGCCGUAGCGGGAACGCUGGUCGGACUGGGAAACCUGUGGAGGUUCCCCUACUUAUGCUACAAAAACGGAGGAGGCGCAUUUCUGAUUCCUUACAUCCUGUUUCUGCUUGCCUGCGGCAUCCCGAUGUUCCUCCUGGAGACAGCCAUGGGGCAAUACACGUCCCAGGGUUGCAUCACCUGCUGGAGGCACUUCUGUCCCCUGUUUGAAGGUAUCGGGUACGCCACGCAGGUAGUGAUUGCAUACGCUGCUGUGUCGUACAUUGUCAUCCAGGCGUGGGCUUUCUUCUACCUCUUCUCAUCCUUCAGCGCUGACCUUCCAUGGGCCAGCUGCGGAAACUCCUGGAACACAGAGUCUUGUGUUGAAUUUGAUAAGAAAAACAUGUCAUCCAACUGGACAGCAGCUGCAAAUGCAACAACACCUGCAACCGAGUUCUGGGAGAGAAGAGUUCUGGGCAUUUCUAAGGGGAUUGAGGAAAUUGGUAGCUUAAGAUGGGAGCUGGUCUUGUGCCUGUUACUCGCUUGGAUUAUCUGCUACUUUUGUGUUUGGAAAGGAGUGCGAUCCACUGGAAAGGUAGUUUACUUUACCGCCACGUUUCCCUAUGUGAUGUUAGUCGUUCUGUUGGCCCGUGGGCUCUCAUUGCCCGGAGCGAUGGAUGGCUUGGCUUUCUACCUAUAUCCAGAUCCUACAAGGUUGGUGGACCCUCAAGUUUGGAUGGAUGCAGGUGCACAGGUCCUUUUCUCUUUUGGCAUUUGUCAGGGGAGUCUGACAGCUCUGGGAAGCUACAAUCAGUAUAACAAUGAUUGCUACAAGGACACAUUUGUUCUGUGUCUGGUGAACGGCGGCUCUAGCUUUGUGGCUGGGUUUGCCAUCUUUUCUGUUUUGGGAUUUAUGUCAUAUGAACAAGGACUGCCGAUAUCCCAGGUGGCUGCUUCUGGACCCGGCUUGGCAUUCAUUGCCUAUCCUCGUGCUGUAGCCAUGAUGCCUUUGCCUCAGCUGUGGGCUGUUUGUUUCUUCGUCAUGGUCAUCUUGUUGGGUGCAGACACACAGUUUGUGAGCCUGGAGUGCCUGAUGACCUCAGUGACAGAUAUGUUCCCCUCUGUGUUUCGAAGAGCUUAUCGCAGAGAACUGCUGCUGCUUUGUCUCUGCGCUGUUUGCUUCUUUCUCGGCCUCCUUCUCGUCACAGAGGGGGGCUUAUAUUUCCUCCAACUCUUUGAUCAUUAUGUUUGCAGCGGCAAUAAUCUUCUCCUACUUUCAGUGUGUCAAUCCAUAGCAAUUGGAUGGAUAUAUGGUGCAGAUCGUCUCUAUGAUAACAUCGAAGACAUGAUUGGUUACCGUCCAUGGCCUCUGAUGAAGAUUUGCUGGCUUUACGUAACACCUACUGUGUGUCUGGUGAGUCAGUAA